AUGGAGCAUGUAGGUGGCGCCUCACUUACUCAAACACCGGACGAUAUGUUCAAGUUUGUGCUUCAACAGACGUCCAUACCAGAGUGCGCCAGCAGGCUCGGCCAGUUGACACUUCGCGGACGACAUUCGAUAUCAACACCGCACUAUGUCGUCCCAACUUCUCGGGGUGUGGUUCCUCACCUGUCCCAGGAUAAUUUGCAGAAGCACACGAAUAUCUCCGCCGUAUAUGUGCCUCUAGAAGACUUCAUUGAGAAGUCAAACGCAAAUGCGCCGUUCUACAAUACCCCCGUACAAGACGGAGAGUCCCCAUUACGUCGGUAUAUUGGCCUGCCCGACAGGUGUAUGUCCAUCUUUGGCCCGCGCAGAGUCCCAAACAUACCUUGUCCGGCCCACAAUACAAAUUCAUCCAUCGCCAUCUCAACAUCUGUUGGAUUCAGAUUCCUCGAAGUUGAACAGUAUCACGAGGCGAUUAGAAAGUUAAAGGCCGACAUUUCAACCAGCAUAGCUGACCUGAUCAGCACAAAGGAGGCGAGUGCCAAGAGAAUAGAAAAGAGCGUUGAUAGAACACACGCGUGGUUGCGAGAUUUCGUGGAGAGUGCAGAGGAAGGCGAAGGACUUCCUGUCUUUGCGGCAAUACCACCUCACGAACCACAACUUCUGUCCUUGUAUUUCGCAGAUUUGAAGGACGAAUACAAAUCUCACAUAUCUGGGCUGUGCGUCUAUUCACCCUCGACAGUCGUGGAAUUGCCAGACGUUCUGCGAGAUAGACCGACGGUCUGCCUGGCUGAUCCGUCGUCACCCCACGCUGUACUCGCUGCAGUCGAUGUUGGAGUCGAUCUCUUGACAAUUCCUUUCGUGACACAGUCCUCUGAACACGGCAUCGCCUUGUCAUUCGCCUUCCCGGGGUCUUCGGACACUCUCAACCAACCUCUCGGGAUCGAUCUCUGGUCCACCACCCACGCCACUAACCUUGGUCCCUUGAGCCCCAAAUGUACCUGCUACACCUGCACACGUCAUCAUCGCGCUUAUGUACACCAUCUCCUCCAAGCAAACGAAAUGCUCGCCUGGACACUCCUGCAAAUCCACAAUUUCUCCGUCAUCGACGCUUUCUUUUCUGCCGUCCGCCAAAGCAUCAGGAACCAGACAUUCGAAGACGACAAGAGGACAUUCAGUCGUGCGUAUAAAUCCGAGUUGCCAGAGCAAACAGGCCAAGGACCAAGAGUGCGAGGAUACCAGAUGAAGAGCGUUGGUGGAGGGGAACCGAAAAAGAAUCCCAAGGUGUAUGGGAAGUUGGAUGAUCAGAUGCAGAAACUUGCAGAGGCGCAGAGCGGAGUCACUACCCCAGACGGCGAUGCGAAUGAUAUUGAAGCUCAUGGACUAGCGAAGAAGUUGGAAUGA